UGUCUCGUCGGUUGGUUUUUACGCGUAGAAAUAUCACUGACGUGUCCCCGUGCAAAGAUCGGCUACGUACGUGCAUACAAUUCAUCGACUUCGCCACGACAAUUUCGUCUUGCGCAUAGAGAAUCGACGAUACGAAAUAUCACCAGUCAUCGUGGCAUCGGGGUUGUAAGUGAGCGUCUCGUGUAGCGCGUGUGCCGAUCGUCAGAAAGCAUCGUCCAGAAUCAGCCGAGCGACAGCAAAAUUAUGGCAGCGGUCUUCAACACUUUUAUAAAUUCCUUCAGCAACACAUUAAAUGCACCGGUCAGACAACACUUGAAAAAUGUCUAUGGUUGUUUGUCCCUGUCCACCGUAUCAGCAGCUGCAGGAGCUUAUGUACACAUGUACACGCAGCUCCUGCAGGCUAAUCUAUUGACAACUUUUGGUACCCUGGGUCUCCUCAUUGCAUUAAUGACUACACCUGAUAAUGGCAAAAAUCAAAAGCUGCGCCUCAGUUACCUCUUGGGAUUUGCAUUCCUGUCUGGCCUUGGAUUAGGUCCUUUACUUGAGAUGGUAGUCAGCAUAGACCCGAGUAUAGUGGUAACAGCAUUAGUUGGUACGACAGUAGUUUUCGUUUCCUUCAGCAUUUCUGCACUUUUGGCUGAACGUGGUCGCUGGCUGUAUCUUGGUGGCACCUUAAUGAGCAUGCUGAAUAUCAUGAUCCUGUUUUCCUUUGCCAAUCUGUUCUUGCGCUCGACUUUCAUCUACCAAGCGCAUUUAUAUCUGGGAUUAUUCGUGAUUUGCGGCUUUGUCAUCUAUGACACGCAAUUGAUUAUCGAGAAACAUCACAUGGGCAGCAGAGACUUCAUCAUGCAUUCCUUGGAUUUGUUCAUCGAUUUCGUAGGCAUUUUUCGACACCUCCUUGUGAUACUUACGCAAAAGGAACUGUCCAAGGAGUCACGCAAACGUAAAGAUUGAGCGAAGAGAGACCAGUGGUUACGGUGCGUUCAAGUAAAUCCAUAAAAACUAGAGGUCUUCAUGUAAUCUAUCCAUACCUAGGUAUCUGUGUACAUAUACAUACCGAAAAAAUUAUAUAAAUACCGAUAUACUACACAUGUCAUACACAUAUAUAUGCAUAACAUCUCUUUAGCAAACGCGAUAUAUUACAAAACUAUAUAGAUAUAUUUACCGUAAUAAAAAAAGAAAAAGGAAAAUGUUAAAUACAGUUUGUUUAAAAAAUUCGGCUUCUCUUGAGUCCGAUUAUAGACGAAGACAUAUUUAUUUUGGUCACGUUUCUGAGUUAUAUAAUUCUCCAUCAGAUUUGUAUACAUAUAUAUAUAUAUAUAUAA